CCACAUCAUAAAGGCCACCUUCUCCCCCAUUGUUGCUUUAUUGACGACAAUCACCAGCUGCCAUUGUGCCCUAUUGAGCGCCUUGAAUAAUCCUCAUUGAUCGCCCUCAAUGCUGCGUCUCAAAUGAUCUAACCACAAUCUCAGUAAGAUGAAGUGAAACGAAAAUAAGACUCUAGCCGGGCCCGACUCUGGAGCCACAACUGAUCAUCAUGACAAUCAUUCCAGCGGCAGGCAACCCGCCAUUGUUGCUUCUGUUUGCUACUAUUCUGGCGACUCUUAUUGUUCUCAUUCUAAUUCUAUUCAUGUCUCUCCAUUCUGUUCUUUCCUCUUCGCAACAAUCUACUGUUCCCAAGAUCCGCCGCAAAGGAGAUCCCGCUCAUUUGCUGGUUGUGCUUGGAAGUGGAGGGCAUACAGCAGAAAUGCUGUCCAUGCUCCGUCGAAUGCCGCUAGAUCCUACUGUUUAUACUUUCCGAACGUACGUCGUAACAUCCGGGGACGGAUUCAGCGCUUCGAAAGCCGUGGAAUUUGAAUCUAGUAUCGAGUCUCAGUACAAUUCUAAGACAAGAAGAAACAAGCCAAUGAGUCUUGUUCGCGGGAUAGGGGGGAACUUUUAUGACGUUGUCACGGUGCCUCGAGCUCGUCGUGUCCACCAGUCAUUCUUAACUGCACCACUAUCCACGAUACAAUGCUUCUGGGCUUGCUUUCAGGUCCUCCGAGGCAGGUACCCUGAUCAGCGAUCACAUUUACACGGUACUACAUCCCCAUAUCCUGAUUUGAUUCUCACAAAUGGCCCAGCUACUGCGGUUUGCGUGAUAUUAGGAGCCAAGGUUAUUAGGUUUCUGGAUGCACUAUGUGCACGAUUUACAUCCCACUGGCCUUCUACAUACAAAUCGGGUGCCAUCUACCCACUUCGCACUAUAUUCGUUGAAUCCUGGGCUCGUGUAACCACGUUCAGCCUGUCUGGGAAAAUUCUAUUGCCUUUUGUAGAUCGAUUCCUAGUCCAAUGGCCUAAUCUUGAGGGUAAGCGUGCGUGGAAAGGAAUGAAAGAAACACAGUUCGUGGGCACGCUCGUCGGGUGAGAAAAAGCCCUUGAGGAUUGAUAUUGAAUACCCCGCUUCUUGUACACGGCAUUAUGUCAGCUUAGCGUUUCAAAUGUCAAUCAAUGCCAUCGGCGCUUUAAAGCAUUCUUCUUCCUCU